GUCAGCUAUCCACUCUGGCCACAUCGACCUGUCCACUCCAUAUACUCAACGCCGCACCGUCUCAAGACCAGCUGUUCAUAUAGACCAUCGCCCUGAUCAUAUAACAUUUACUCGCCAGACCAGUUUCCGCCCGAGAAUGUGGACGUCGGACCUCGUACCCUGGCCAUCAACAUGGACGAAAGAGAACGUCUCCUCCGCGAUGGGCAUGAUCAGUAUCGGAUGUUGGGUCGUCGCACAGGCUCCCCAAUUCUGGGAAAACUACGUCUCCCAAUCAUGUCAAGGUCUAGCGCUACCUUUCUUGGUGAAUUGGUUAGCCGGGGAUAUAACGAACCUCGUAGGGUGUAUCUUGACGGACCAGAAAGAGUUUCAGACCCUCCUCGCAGCCUAUUUCUGCCUGAUAGACCUGGUCUUGACGGGUCAAUACGUCUACUACUCUCAACCCCGGUUCACUCAAGGUCCAUCCCAAACUCAAGCUUCAAAUCCAGCUGAUCCUGGAAUCCGAGCUCGGGCGUACGACCCCAGUUCGCCAGUGAAUCAUAACACCAGGCCGGACGAGCAUACCAAUACCAGCAAUCACUCGCUCUUCCGAUCACACUCCCAGCAAGGCCUAUUGCGAUCCCCGAAUCCGAGACCAUCAAGCUUGACAGAAGCCGCUCUCGAAGUCGCUCUCGCUGCUGAGCGGGUCGAACGAAGUCGAUCCAGGAGGAGGUACGGCUCGGAGAGUCGGACUCGUAGCAACAACGCUCUCCCCGCGGGUUCUGCGAGUAGGGAGAGGGGUAACAAGCUCGAAUUAGGAUUGGGGGACAGUUACAUCUCCGAAGUCUCCCCCGAUCAAACCCACGGGAAUGACGAGCAACGCGAUCGAGGCUACUCAGCCUCAUCCACCCGGGAAGCCAGUCAAGCGUCCAGCCCUCGCUUGACCACCAAUACCAAUACCACUACGCCCAAAUCGAAAUCGGUAUCAGGUCUCUCUACUUCCCCCUCGGUCUCUUUCAACCACGACCCCACGGGAACCCGGGGUCGACAACCCGAAGGUCUGCCUCUACCUGCCGAUGGGCGCUCUAAUCCCAGUACGACCCAUAACAAUCCGCCCGGGGGUCCACCUCGUACCCGGAGUUCGAGUCGGAUACGCGGAUCCGAGAACAAGCCCGCCUCUGUACGACCGCCGGGCGGGGCGGUGGCUGGAGUUGUGUUCAUGGGCGUCUGGGCUUUGGCGGGGUUGAACUUAACUGGGAGCUCGGGUAGCGGAACGGGGACAGGGUCGAACUCGAACGGACGAGGCUGGGGGACCAGUCUGGAGCGCGGUCGAGCUGGGAGUCUGGACGUUCGGUCGGAUGGACAGCGAUUUGAUGUAGGGAAGAAGGAAGGGGCGGUCAUCUCGCCCCGAUGGACCGGGACAGAUAUCGAAAUGACACAGGACAUAGACGUACUCGAACUCUACUUCGCGUCCAACACCGACCCUUCGCACGACCCUUCAUCGGGUGAACCCGAAAUCGAGCCCGACCACCCCUCACACAAACGAUGGGACAAGGCGGCGGUCCAACGUCUUAUCGGUAGGAUGUCCGCGUGGAUCUGUACCACCCUGUAUCUGACCAGCAGAUUGCCUCAGAUCUGGAAGAACUACCAACGUAAAUCCGUCGAAGGUCUAUCGAUCCUGCUCUUCGUAUUCGCCUUUUGCGGCAACCUCACGUACGUCCUCUCGAUCGUACUGAAUCCGACGGGGAGCGAUGGGGAGAGCAACCCGGAAAUGGUUGGGUAUUAUCUCUUGGAAGCCUUGCCGUACCUGCUGGGUUCGGGAGGGACGCUCGUUUUCGAUCUGACGAUCAUGAUACAAUCCCUCAUCUACGGCUCGGCACCCCCAAUCGACGAGCGGGAUCAGGAAGACUACAUCGAGCCACAGCAGCAGCACCACCAUCACCGAUCGCGCAGUUCUCGUCGACAUAGCAAGCGGGUCACGGACGAAGAGAGCAGGCCGUUGAUUGAGCGACCGGAUGAAGAGUGAUCGAGCAUUCACAACGGGCUGGCAAUCACGAUUUUAAUGUUGUAUGAUCUGUAACGCAAUGAACUGACGAUAGCAUGGCAAGCGAUCUAUGUAUAUA